UUCAUCACUUAUCAGUAAUUCGUGAGUUACGGGAGGAAUAUAAACAGUAUUUUAUAGUACAUUGUGAAAUCCUGGUGUAGUUCGUCCGAAAAAUGUUGCGUUACUCCCUUAUAUUGUUACUAGUAAAUAUUUACGGUCGUAGUUUGGGAGGACCUGUACCAAAGCAAAACAGUAACGGUAAAAUAUUGAUAAGUAACCUGCUGAAUGACCUCAGCAAACAAUGCAAAAACGAGUUCGUACUGAGCCAAAUUGAAAGCAAAAACAUCACAUGCGAUGUAGAAAUGAACUAUCACAUUGAUGAUUUGCAAUGUUUGAUGUUUUACGACGCUAACCGUCUCCUGUGUAACCUCACUGCACUGACUACUGCUAACCUCGCAACAGAUUUUAAGGCUAAAAUUAACGUGAAACAAAACGUCUCCGCUUUCUGCAGCGAAGCUUCGCAUUUCACCAUUCCUCCAACAUCCUACCAAGGUAUGCUCACUAUAGUGUUCCAAAGUUCCGAUGACUGUAAAAGAGUUUGCACUGAUGAUGACAUAAGAACUGGUGAUACAAACUUCUUCUGCAAGUAUUACAAGUGGUCAUUGUUGAAUCUCCAAGUACCACAGAGUUCUCUUCUGGGAUCUGUACCUACUGUGUCUGCUGGUUCAGGACCAACAGGUGAUUUACACAAAAAUGAUGAAACAGCAAUUCAGGGAAUUCAACAGUCAGAUGGACAAGUUAAAAAGACUUCUGAUCCUGUAGAUACUAAUACACAGUUGGUAAAAGUCGGGGAAACAAAUCAACACACAUUGGAAGUGACCAAACAAGAGUCCUCUUCGGCUAUACAAUUGACUGUUUCACAAAAUCCAGGAAGUCUUAAUUUGCCAAGUAAUGUAGACAUUAGUAAGAAGAGCACUCAAAAACCUGUAGUUAAUGAAGAAACUGCGGACAAAGCAGGAGAUGUGGAUCCUGUUGACUCAAUCGUGGAACCAAUUGAUGGUGGAAAUGAAGGUGGCAUUGAGAACAAUCCUGGAGAGAUAAAGGAUCCUGAUGUUUCUAUGCAACAAAUUGAGACCCCUAAACAUAAGAUAGUUUUGGAAAAUGAAGAUACUGAUGAUACUGGAAUGGACAUGGAUGAUGAUGGAAAAGACGCAAGUGAUGAUGGAGAUGACACAAUUGUUGGAGAUUUGGAAGUGAAACAAGAACAAGAAGCUAGCUCACAUAAAAGAGUAGAAACCCAGGUGUCCUUGAAUGGAGACGGGGCGCAGAGGGAGUUUUUCCAAAAUCCUGAUGGGUUUACAGAAGAUGACGACCAUUUCUUUCCCUUCUUCUUGACCACCGUGAUAGUCGUUGUGGUGUUGUACGUCUUGUACCACAAUAAGAACAAAGUAGGAAAAAUGUUCUUCGGUCUAAUAGUGGAGGGUCGGCAGCCGGGCCGCCGCCGCAACAGCCGCGGCCACGCCUACCGCCGCCUCGACACCCUCGAGCAGGCUAUGAGCGCCAACACCCCUGCGCCGCCCAGCAAGAUCAUCUACUGAACCCACCAGUCUCCUUGCAUGGUGUGAGUAGGUAUACAUUGGUAUACCCCUGGUACCACCUGUAAACUUUAGCCUGGAGGGCCUAUCGCCAACAUUGAAAAUCGUUAUCUGCUACACUAUCGCUUGAAUAUAUGUAAGAGUGAAAGGGAGGCAGAUCAUUUUCGAUUUUUAGAUGAUGGCGGUAGGCACUAAGAAUUAACGCCAUGAGUCGCUGUAUAAGUGUGCUACGCACCGUGUUUCGUUUCGAUGUAUGAAGCGCACCUUUUCAGAGUAACCUGAGGAAGGCGUUACAUGGCAGAUUUGAGACUCGCGUCUGGUCGCUGGACUUAAGUGAAGGGAUUGAUUACUCGUAAGUGGCUUUGAGCUAUGCAUUAUCGUCACUCUUCUAUAAAUUUCUGGGAGAAGCGUUUUCAUCUCACAUGUUAGGACAGGUAGCCGCUAAACAUCGAAGCACACGUAUUUACUUGUGGGUAAUCAGAUUUUACUAAUAUUCGGAAAUUACGACUUCCAAUAAAACAUUACAACUCUUACACGAAUAGCGCUGGGAUUAAAUGAAAUGCUUCAAUGUCGACAAUAUAGGUAUCAGGCAUUUUGCGCCACGGCGAAUCAUUUAGAAUUUUAAGUCAUUAUGGCAACUUUGUUGUUAGUAUUUUUCUUUCGAAUUUUUGUGUUGGCAACUUUGUUGUUAGUAUUUUUCUUUCAAAUUUUUGUGUUCGACGUAAUAUAAAUGUAAUAAUAAUCACAUGUUAAAAUUACAAUUUCAUAGAAAUUUUUUUAAUUGUAGAUGUGUAUAACAUAUACCUUCAAAAUGUAAUAAUUCAAAAAGUACAAUAUGUAACGUAGGUAUGCCUUUAUUGUUUAAUGCUUUCAUUACAUUCAAAACUGUGAUGACUAUUGGUAUUUUUUUAGAGAUUCGUUAUAUAAGCAUAGUAAUGUAGGUACUUACAUUUAUAUAUCCUUCACCAUUUCAUCCUAAAAUAUGUCAUGAUCAUGUAAAAAGUAUCAUUUCGGAUCUCAUGUAUUAUUUAAAUAUGUACGAGUAGAAUGAUUUUCCUGUACAGUUAUUAUUCUUACUUAUUAUCAAUUCCUAAAUUUAAAUUUGUCUGUGUUUAUUAAACAUAUUAUCCCAUUUAGUAUGGUAGAUACCUUAACAGGUUUAUUCGUCGUGUUCGAUGUAUGAUUAAUACGGAAUUAUGUGUUUGCUGUACUGAAAGGGUUAAUUUAAUAUUUAAUUACAUGUCAUUCAAACAAAAAAAAGUAUUUACUAUAAAUUAUUUUACUGAAAUCUAUCUAUACUAGCAUCUCGGAAAUUCUAGUGUAGGCAACAAAAAAAUGCUUAAAAACAGUGUCUGUGACGCAUGUGUGAAAGCACAAACAAAUAACCAAACUAAAAUAGAUGAUACCUUAACAGGUUUAUUCGUCGUGUUCGAUGUAUGAUUAAUACGGAAUUAUGUGUUUGCUGUACUGAAAGGGUUAAUUUAAUAUUUAAUUACAUGUCAUUCAAACAAAAAAAAGUAUUUACUAUAAAUUAUUUUACUGAAAUCUAUCUAUACUAGCAUCUCGGAAAUUCU